CUCUGAUCCCAACAGAUUGUUUGCAUUUUUUCUGAGUAUAAACUGGUCCUCAAUAACUCCUACCGGAAACUAUGAAUAUCAGCGCAGUUCCUUUAAGCCAGACAUGUGAUGGAGUUCCAACAUGCUCGCAGGCAAAUGAAACUUUGUAUGAGGACAAUUUAUUCAUUUCCUCCGAGCCUCGUUUCAAUUUGGAACUUGUUAAUAGAAACACAGAAGAUCGUUGCUAUAUUUGCCUAUUGACUGUAAAGCAUCCGAUAAAGUAUGGGGAGUUCAUGAUGAAACAAUUGUCAGGAAAAAUCCUCAAAUGCCAUUAUUUCUGUUUGUUAUCUGGUUCUCUCAUUCACCAGAGAGGAAGCACAGAUACAUCGGGUGUACUGGGAUUUCUUGUCAGCGACAUAUAUAAUUCACUUCCACGGUUCCGGAACAACAUAUGCAACUAUUGCACAAAGCCUUCGGCUCCGAUUCAAUGUGCGUCGAACAACUGUGAUAGGUGGUUCCAUUAUAUUUGCGGUUAUGAUAACAAUUGCUUGACGCAGUUCACCGGUCAAUACAUUUCGUACUGUCAUGAACAUCAACCGAUUCAUCAUAAACACAUCCACGAUGAAAAAGCGAGAUGUUUUAUAUGUUUGGAUACAAUGACACCGUAUAAUCCAGUGUCAAGCUUUUAUUCGCACUGUCCCCCAACAGAAGAUGAUCCAAGGACAUUGGGUAAUUGGUAUCAUCGUAAGUGUAUGCUGAAAUCCGCGGCGACAGCUGGGUACGAGUUCAAAUGUCCCGCUUGCUAUGAAAGAAAGGAAUUCAAGGAGUACGCGAAAUUACAUGGCAUCUAUGUACCACAGAGGGAUGCAGCUUGGGAGAAAGAAAAAGGUGCCUUCUGGGACACUCAAAAAAAGAGAUGUACUGCCAAAGACUGUGUGGUGGAGGGAAAAGGCAUUAAGAAGAAAACAACUCUGGUGGGAUGCAAUGUCUGUGGUGGAGAAUCUUUGCAUCUGGAGUGUGCUAACCUGAAGAAUCCAAAUGAUUACGUGUGCUCGGUCUGUAUGGAUGCUACAUUUAUUAAACUGUUUUAAUUAUUCAUGCAAAUUAAACAUUUUGCCAAAAUAAUAAUAAAUAA